CUCGCUCUAGGCGCUCAGACCAUCCAUAAUCCACUGCCCAUAACGCUGACCGAAGAUUGUAAGAUGGCUCUGCGAUUCACAGUGACACUCCUGCUGGUGACCAUCCUGGUGGCUGCUAUUCUUCUGGGCUCCAGUGAUGCGGCCUACCGAAAGCCACCAUUCAAUGGCAGCAUCUUCGGCAAGCGGAACAGUCUAGAUUAUGACAGCGCCAAGAUGAGCGCCGUGUGUGAAGUGGCCAUGGAGGCGUGUCCCAUGUGGUUUCCACAGAACGAAAGUAAAUAGGAUCACGCCCUCCGACUGCAACUACGCCUCCAAGAACUGAUCUCAAGCCUACGACGAAUCCACCAGCAACAAGUGGGGGGCAGAUGUCGCACCUGCCCCUGCGACUAAUUGGGCGAAACACCGGACGUUAGAAAAGUCAUGUAUAAAAUUUAUAGUGUAAGCCGUGCAUAUACGAACAUAGAACUUAUGCCAUAUAUAAACAUAAAAUACUCAAUAAACUAACAGCAAUGAA